ACAGCUAAUUAAAUUCACCCAAAGUCAGUACUAGAUCGUUCCAUUUACCAUGUCUUCACAUCGCUACACACAUUACAAGGAGUAGGAUGAACGGAGAACCUGAUCUUCUAAUCUACACAUCAGUUACACGUCCAUUGUACCUUCGUCUCAACUAAUAUCGAAAGCAAACAGCAUAGCUUUACCGAGCGACGAGAACACUAUUCUGGCCGAGAUGGCCAAACCAACGCGUUAUGCGGCGAACAACGAGCCGCUACACAUCUUCCAGGAUGAUAUCUUCAACAGCCAGCAAGCACCGUCCAUCAGCCGAGCACCGAUGCCCUCCGUUGGCAAGCAAACUUCUCCCCGCCGCGCACUGCAGAACUCGAAUGUGAAUGUGAUGUUUAACCCCCCGAAUGGUCACCAGAAGCAGCAUUCUCCCUUCAAGACGGGGCGCGCCGCCGCCUCGGCUCUGGCACCGCUUGGAUCGUCACAUAGCGGUAAGCUAAAUGCCGUGUCGAUCUUACCACCGACAUCACACAGCCAGUCAACCGAUUCCAUCCAGAAGAAGCAACCUAUGAUGUCUAGGUUUAAGACGGUCGUCCAGAAGCCGACGUUAGAAUCGAGCGCAAGCUUUGGAAAAGAGAAUGUUCAGCCGGCUCUAUAUCCUGCGCCACCUCCCUUCAACCUAAACUUGGAGAACUAUUAUCAGAACGCACCUAGCCGAAAGCGCACGCUACUCGAAGCAGCACCGAUCCAGGAUCACAGACCGCCGAAGAAAUCCAAACUGGACGAGUCUGCUUUACCAGCUCACGACUCUUUCCCCCCUAUCGUGGACAAUGGCGCCAAACCUUUAUACAGCUACGCCCAGUUGAUUGGAAUGGCUAUCUUACGUGCACCUCAGAGGCGACUCACUCUCUCACAGAUCUACAAGUGGAUUUCUGACAACUUCUCUUUCUACGGCGCACAGGAUGCGGGUUGGCAGAAUAGUAUCAGACAUAACUUGUCUCUCAAUAAGGCAUUCAUUAAACAGGAGCGGCCAAAGGACGAUCCGGGUAAGGGGAACUAUUGGGCGAUAGAACCUGGCAUGGAACACCAAUUUAUGAGAGAGAAGACGAGCAAGAAGUCAAAUGCGAACAUGGGAAGCACCCCUUUCAUGUCUAGCCGUGCUGAACCUCAGCGCCUUGAGCCUACUAGUUACCCUGAUUUGGCGUUGCCGUCUCUGCCUCCUGCACUUCCCGUCCAAGCGCACCCGAUUGUUCACGAUCUCUUGACCUCUCAAGCCCCGAACCAAUCCGAGCCUCAAGUGUCGUCGGAUGCCACUAUUCCGCUCUCCGAUAACGUCGGCCCAGAAGAUCAAGCGGAGAGAAACCAGGAUCAAGAACUACCCGUGGAGUGUAGCGCUUACUCUCCUUUACCAGCCGCAAUGCAUUCUUCUCCGCCGAUCCCACGUCGCUUGGAGGCUCGUAGCAACACACCGCCUCCCAUGAAGAGAGACCCUCCUUCUUCUGGUCCACAUAAGCGUAGCCAUAGGCGCAAGUAUGCUUCGAUGGAUGCUUCUGUGGAUGAUAGCGGGUAUAUCUCGUCUUUAGACUCUUCGGUAAUGCGCCCUAAGGGUAACCGAUUACUUAGUUCGGGAACCGAUCGUCCUCGAAUCAAGCGAGGCCGCGCUGAGGAAGAGAUUGCACGAUUGCGUGCUUCCUCGUACGACAGCCCUACUAAGGGACGCCCUUACGACUUCAUCCCGCCGUCCUCCUCGCCGUUGAGGCAGGCUAGCGGUCAGAUGCUGCCGCCCUUGACUCCGGCCGUCAAGGUGAAGCCGCCUCCAAAGCCUCCUGCUUCUGUCUCACCGAACACCAAUCUACGUAUCCACCGAGACAAAGUUCGAUCCAUGCUCAACUCGCCUCUUCGUCGUGUUAGUAACAUUCAAGGUGCUGAGGAGAUAAUCCCAUGGAGCCCGGCAUUCCAGAUGGAUGAUUCGUUAUUCAAUUUCAAUGAUCCUAUCACAGAACCGACCGACUUUGAUAUAUUCCAAGAUAUAUCUCUUGACCCGUUCUUCGCUGCUGCGGAUAAUGGUUCACCUCUCAAGCGCUCAGCCAGGAGAGUGCGCCUAGAUCGUACCGCUUCCGCUAGUGCCCUUGGCGAGAUCACGAAUUCGACCUCUAAGAGAUCAAUUACGUCUGCACCUUUGCUGAGGGCUCCUGCUUCAUCGCUAGCACUAUCGUACGAAACUCCUAGCAAGGUGUUCGAAGGCAUGUCUUCUCCCAGCAAGUAUUUGCAGUCUCCUACGAAGAAUGCUUCUGCGUCUCCUAUUAAGAACGACUGGAACCUGGAAGAAUUUUGCACUUCGCAAUUCUUCGAAGAUGACCUUGAAGACGGUGGUAUAGAUAUUCUUCAGGGGUUCGAGAGAAUUAGUGGUAGUCAACCCCCGAAUGGAGCCGCGUCUACUAAGAUCUCGAAGCCUGGCCUAGGCCGCAGCUUCACGACUUCAUUUUAAACUUCCUGCAGUACUUAUCCGGCGGUUACUAUGGGAAGCAUGCCCAAUUUCACGAUGAUUACGAAUAAUGACUCGACUACACACCACCUACCUCUUCUAAGAGGCUGCUUUCGACUCGCUUCAGUCGAAGACAUUGCCGAUACCUUUGACGACUAUAGACCUUACUGCCUACCUUCUCGCCCCACGGCCUUCUUGCCUACUGCUUACAUUCAUAAUGAUGACACGUGUCGAGUACAUACCAUUACUACUACAACGCCUACAUGACGAGAUCUGGAUUUUCUCAAUAAUUUUCUUUUUUUCCUUGAUUGGGUUUCAUGCCGCGUUGAUACAUGCUGAACCAACUUGUCUUUUCCUAUCACCACCCGUAUUUGAGAAUCUGAUCGUUCAGGUUAUGAGGAGGCAUACGAGAAGGCGUUAAAAUGCGAUGUACUUGGAAACGGAAGCCGGCAAAGGGGGGAAACUCGGGAAAUAUGUAUGAGGAUCACGCACCUCGAGAGGAGUUUUGAGAGUUGAGUGGCACCAUUCCUUUUGGUCCAGGACGGACAUACCGCGUUUGGAGUGUGGGCUUCUUUUUUUUUUCUUUGCUUUUUACGGAUGGAUAGGCACUACCUCAGUCAUGUAGGACAACCACACCCGGAGUUGGGACUGGUGGUUCUUGUGCUGCUUGGUUUUCCAUACGUACGGUUAUUAGUGCUCAAUACUGCUGCCAGAACGAUGGCCUUGUUAUUUUUCAA